UCAUUUUAGAGUUGCACUGUUGAGUACCUGAUCAUUGGGGCGCGGGGAAGCUGGACACUCGCACUAGGACGCUGGGAUUGAGGAAGCGGCCGAUUUCCUGCCUCUCCAGCAGACGAACCGACUCUCGCCUUCGAGGGAUUCGCUUGUUACUCACCGAACUGAUCGUACGCCGGGCGAUAUUCAGCAGAUUUCUCUUCUUUUCCUCCUCCCCUCCGCCCUCAUCCCGCGCCUCUCCCUCUCUCUCUCUCUCUCUCUCUCUCUCUCCCACUUAAAAAAACAAAACAAACCCCUACACCAUAUUGCACUACAUGUUUGGGAAACAAGACAAAAUGGACGUUAGAUGCAAUUCAGAGCUGGAAACCAACCGGCUCUCCAAGAACGGACAUAAAGAAGGCAAGGAAAGCAAAAGCUCCGAAGGAAAUAUUUCGAAUUCUUUUUUGAAGGAACCGCAAGGGACUUUUUCGGCUUCGGGCGUCUCGGAAGACUGCAAUAAAAAUAAAUCCAGUUCCGCUGACCCGGAUUAUUGCAGAAGAAUACUAGUCCGAGAUGCCAAAGGUUCCAUCAGGGAGAUAAUUCUUCCAAAAGGGCUUGAUCUCGACCGCCCCAAGAGGACUCGAACUUCUUUCACUGCUGAACAACUUUAUAGGCUUGAGAUGGAAUUCCAGAGGUGCCAAUAUGUGGUUGGACGGGAAAGAACAGAGCUGGCCAGGCAGCUCAAUCUCUCAGAAACUCAGGUCAAAGUCUGGUUCCAGAACCGACGCACAAAGCAGAAAAAAGACCAAGGCAAAGACUCGGAGAUGAAGUCGGUGGUGUCCGAGACCGCGGCUACUUGCAGCGUCCUGCGACUCCUCGAACAGGGACGCCUGCUAUCCCCGCCCGGCCUGCUUCCCCCCUGCGCCACCAGCGCCUUGGGCUCGGCCUUGCGAGCCCCUAGCCUCGCGAGCCGCACCGGCGGCUCAGGAUCAGGGACGGCGGGAGGCUCCCCACACCAUCCGGCCGUCAGCAGCGCGGCCGCCGGCCCGGCUCAUCCUUCGCCCGGCGGGCACAACCUCUUUAGCCUCCCGGUGCCUACCCUGCUAGGCUCGGUGGCCAGCCGGCUCUCCUCCAACCCGUUAGCAAUGGCCGGGUCUCUGGCCGGGAACUUGCAAGAACUGUCGGCCCGAUAUCUGAGCUCCUCUGCCUUCGAGCCCUACUCCCGGACCGCCAGUAAAGAAAGCGCGGAAAAAAAGGCGCUGGACUGACUCUCGGGGACUUUCGCUGUAUUUAUAUUUAUCCUCUCUGUUUGUGUUGAUUAUUUAUGGAGUCUCCGUGCGUUAGAUGCCCCCUCUUGCCCAAUAUACC